AUGGGCUCCAUCCCAUUUUGCACCCUUCUUUGCUGCUUUAUUAGCGUAGCUGCAGCCAAUAUAUUUGAGUACCAGACAGAUUCCCAACCCUUAAGUCCAUGUGAACUUCAGAGGGAAAAGGCUUUUUCAGGAGGAGAAACCUACAUUCCUCAGUGCUCAGAAGAUGGCCAGUUCAGGACGGUUCAGUGCAGUAGGAAUGGUCUUUCCUGUUGGUGUGUGGAUGAGAAGGGCAUUGAGGUACCUGGCAGCAAACAGAAUGGAUAUCCCGUAUCUUGUUUAUCCUUUUGCCAGCUGCAAAAGCAGAGGAUCUUGGUCAGUCGCUACAUCAACAGCAGCAGCAUCUCCUACAUCCCUCAGUGCCUGGAUUCAGGGGCAUUUGACCCGGUGCAGUGUGACACGGAGCUGGGUCAGUGCUGGUGUGUAGAUCCAGAAGGAAUGGAGAUUUAUGGCACCAGGCAGAGAGGAAAGCCAACGCAGUGUCCGGGGAGCUGUGAGAUCCGAGACCGUCGCAUUCUGCAUGGCUUUGGGGAGAAGAGCCCACCACAGUGCUCAGCAGAUGGAGAGUUUUUGCCUGUCCAGUGCAAGUUUGUCAACACUACAGACAUGAUGGUUUUUGAUCUUGUUCAUAGUUAUAACAGGGUUCCAGAGGCUUUCCAAACAUUCAGCUCCUUGCGGAAGACAUUCCCAGAGGUCUCUGGGUACUGUUACUGUGCGGACAGCCUGGGGAGAGAGCUAGCAGGCACCGGCCUGGAACUGCUGCUCGAUGAAGUUUACGACACAAUUUUCUCUGCGCUGGAGCCUGCCCGCAUGUUCUCGGAGACCAGCAUAUAUCGGAUCCUGCAGAGGCGGUUUCUGGGGGUUCAGCUAGCUACCUCUGGCAAGUUCAGAUGCCCCUCAAAGUGUGAGGUUGAGCGGUACGCAGCCCUGCGUUACCAGCACGCCUACGUGCCGUCUUGUGAUGCUGAUGGGAGCUACGCGCCAGCCCAGUGCCAGCAGGGAGGACAAUGCUGGUGUGCGGACGCCAAAGGGCAAGAGGUCCAGGGCACAAAGAGACGAGGCCAGCCCUCGGCCUGCGGUGAAGAACAAGUGUGCAUCUCUGAGAGACGACAGGCCUUGUCAAGGAUCUUUUAUGGCCCUGCUGGGUACUUCAGUCAGCCCAAUUUGUUUUCCGUGCCAGAUACGCAGUUGGAAAAAAUAGCCGGCUUCUCAAGACCCUGCCCUCCCUCCUUCAAAGAGCUGUUUCUAGACUCUGGAUUGUCAUCCCCAGUUGCACAAAGCCCAUAUGUCAGCCAGAUUCCUGGGCUAGAAACCACCCUUAGUGAAGCCAUCACGGGGAUGUUCCCAUCAAGGGAACUGGCUCAAGUGGCACUGCAAUUUACUGCCAAUCCAAAGCGUUUCCAAGAAAACCUCUUUGGAGGAAAGUUCUUGAAGAAUUUAAUCCAGUUUAACUUCACAGGGGCACUUGGCACUAGUGGGAAAUACAGCAUUGGCCAUUUUUUCCCACAGGAGGAUGUGGCAGAGAGGGAUAACGGCCAAGGCCUUCUGGAAUCAGCUGAGGCAUUUUCAUUGGAGGUAUCAAAGGGGAGCUCCAUUUUGAGUAAACCUCUUGUAGGCAGCUUUGGCCGCACAGUAACUCUCCAGGACAAUCAGAAUAUGAUGAAAUUCCUUUCCUCUCUUCUGGAACUACCAGAGUUCUUCACUUUUCUUCAACAAGUGAUUUCUGUCCCCAAAAGCGUUGCUGAAGAUUUAGGUGAAGUGGUGAAACUAGCAUUGGGAUCCGAAGACUGUGGUGAAGAGCCAAGGGACCUGUUUGUUCCAACAUGCACCAAGGAGGGGAGGUACGAGGAAGUUCAGUGCUAUGCAGGAGAGUGCUGGUGUUCAGAUACUUCAGGUAAGGAAGUUCCAGGCUCAAGAGUUCAAGGCAAACGUCCAAGGUGUCCCACUGAUUGUGAGAAGCAAAGGAGAAACCUGCAAAACUUGAAGCAAAGCCUGCCUGCGGGAUCAGAUCUUUUUAUUCCCUCUUGUACCAAGGAUGGAGACUUUCUGCCACGUCAGUGUUAUGGGACAAAUUGCUUCUGUGUUGAUUUGAAUGGCAAGACUAUUCCAGGAAUAAGGGGAAUCGCUGGAAAGCCGAUGCAGUGCCCAAGUGCUUGCCAAGUAACAGCUGGUCAGGAGUUCCUAAAGGCUGUGAAACUCCUGUUGUCAGAUCCAGGCGCCCUGGCUCAGCUCUCCAGCAUUUACCUCCCGCAGUGCGAUGCUGAUGGUGCCUGGAGGCAGGUGCAGUGCAGUGGACCUUCUGAGCAAGCCUUUGAGUGGUACGAAAGGUGGAUUGCAGAGAACAAUGAAGGCAAACCCCUGCCCCUCGCUAAUCUAUUUAACAUCAUAACUGGAUAUAAAGAGGCAUCUUCCAAAGGCUUUUCAGCUUUUAUUAAAGCUUUGUAUGAGGCUGGGCACCAGAAUGUCUUCCCAGCAUUCACCACGUAUUCCUCCUUCACUGAUAUCCCACCUGAAGUGCUGGAAGGAAACGUGACCUAUGCAUCUGAGAACAUUUUACUGGAUCCAUAUACAUUCUGGCAGCUUCUGAAUGAGCAGUUGACCUAUUACCCAGGACCCUAUACUGAUUUCAGCGCUCCAUUAAGCCACUUUGAACUUCGUGAUUGUUGGUGUGUUGAUAGCAAAGGAGAAGAGCUGCAAGGAACAAAGACAGAAGUGAACCAGGUCCCAGCAUGUCCUGGCAUAUGUGAAGGUGUUAAGCAGGAAGCCAUGAAAUUUAUGGAGGAGGCAGAGCAGCUCAUCCUAGCAUCAAAUAGUUCCCACUUCCCUUUUGGAGAAAGUUUCUUGAUGGCAAAGGGAAUACAGCUCACAGACAACGACCUCCUACGUUCUGCUCGGCCCUAUGAGACGGAGGUGGUGGUCUCUGAAAAGCUGUUAUCGGGCAGUGACUAUGCUCUCCAGCUGGCUGCACAGUCAGUCUUGCAUUUCUACUGGCGGAGUCACUUUACUUCAAAACAUUCUGCUGGGGAAGCAACGCAGCUGGGAUUUCUCCCUUACAUCCCACAGUGUGAUGGCCUAGGAAACUGGGAGCCAAAUCAGUGCUAUGAGAGCACAGGUCAUUGCUGGUGCGUGGAUGAGAGAGGACGUUAUGUCAUGGAUUCCUUGGUCUCACGCUCAGCAGAACUUCCCAAAUGCCAGACAUCAUGUCAGCGAUCUCGAACCAAUGCCUUAAUUUCCAGCUGGAGACAGAGCGGUAAGGAUGCCUCUACAGCUGAUCUAUUUGUCCCCUACUGCCUUGAGGCAGGAGAAUACGCUGUGCUACAGACAUCUGACACGGAUAUUUGGUGUGUAGAUCCUGUGUCAGGAGAAGUAUUUCAGCAUGGCAGCAAAGAUUUGGAUGGCAGUCCUAAGUGUCCUAGUUUCUGUAACAUGCUGAAGUCUAAAACUGGUUUACGAGAAGCUGGCAAAGGCUACAUCCCACAGUGUGAAGGGGACAACGGGACUUUCUCACCCGUGCAGUGCAGCCAGGAUCAAGAGAGCUGCUGGUGUGUCUUUGACAAUGGAGAAGAGGUGCCAGGGACACGAGUAAGCGGAGGAAGACCUGCAUGCGCAAGUCCACAGUGUGCUCUGCCAUUCGGUGCCUCCUCUGUUCUCAACGGAGCUGUAUUUUGUGAGAACAUUUCUGGGCAAGAUUCAAGCAUUCAGCAGUGCCGGCUGGUGUGUCGCCAGGGCUUCCACAGCGCCUCGUCCAGCACGUCGUUUCAGUGUGAUGUGCAACAGCAUCGAUGGGUCUCGGCUGCCCCGCUCUAUCACGCCUGCCAGAAGCUCCAAUUACUUCAAACAGUCCAAGCUCAAACACACUUUCAACUACUACUGCCUCCUGAGAAGACUUGUAGUUCUGACUACUCUGGAUUACUCCAGGCAUUCCAGAUAUUUAUUUUAGAUGAGUUGAAGGCUCGCGGUUUAUGUCACCUCCAGGUAACUGCUUUUGGAAAGACCGACUCGGUUUCUGUCUGUGAUGAUUCCACUGUCUAUGUUGAAUGCCUGAGCGUGGACCGCCUGGGGGUGAACGUCACGUGGAGGACUCAGCUGGAAAACAUCCCGGCAGCUUCUCUCCCUGACUUACAUGAUAUUGAAAAUGCAAUUGUUGGAGAAAAUCUCAUUGGAGCAUUUAUAAAAGAGAUUAAGGAUGGUGGUUUUCUGCUGCAUUUGGACUCCAAGCAAUUCCUAGGAGAUUCUUUCGUUGAUUUUCCCCGGGAUGAAGAGUUUGAUCUGUCUCCAAGUGUGCAGCUAGGAUGUAGAAGCGGGUUUCGAAGAACUUCAUCUCCUGGGAAAGCAUUUCCAAAUUCACAAGGAUGUG